AUGGAUAAACCUCAAUCUCUUUCCACCUUCCUCAGCCUUGUGCAAGGGCGCCGAAGCAUCUACGAUUUGAAUGCGGACUCACCGAUUCCAGAUUCUGAGAUCGAAGACCUUGUCAAAUUCGCAAUUCAGUGGUGCCCCAGCGCAUGGAACGUACAAAGUGCUCGGGCCAUGGUGCUCUUUGGCUCUCAACACCAGAAACUAUGGGACAUUGUAGAUCAGCAUAUGGCUUCGCAGGACCUCAACGAAUACAACAGGGCAUACGUUUCGAACAAAUUGAGCCAGUUCAAGAAUAGCUACGGAACAAUCAUGUGGUUUGAAGACCAGGCUCCGUUGGAUGCCUUGUUAUCGAAGUUUCCCUUCAUCGCUUCUACUCUUCCACAGUGGUCCGACCAUUCAUCGGGCAUGCACCAAUUCGUCGUCUGGACGGCAUUGGAAGCAGCAGGGCUCGGUGCAAAUCUCCAGCACUACAACAGCGAGCUAGAGGUGGUUCCACAGAUCAUGAAGGCGUUCGACAUUCCCAGCACGUGGAAAUUGAAUGCACAGCUGGUUUUUGGGAAACCUGCUGGAGAUCCAAAGGAGAAGACCUUUGAACCUAUAGAUCCUCGAGUAGUCGUUAAACCUGGAGAAUAG